AUGAACCUUCAGCAUACAAAGGUCCGAAAUAGGCUCGAGCCUCAUCACGUUGAAAAAUUGCUCUUCGUACAGAUCAACAAACGACAAUUUCGGGAGGAACAGUCUCCUAAGGUCACGCAGGAAUUACUCCUUGAAGAAGAGGAUGACGAGAUAGAGAGGGUUUUACAGCGAAAGCAAGUGCAGGAUGACCUAGAAGGGGGAUCAGAUAUAUCAUCCAACCCAGCGCUAGAUCUAGUUCUAGACCAAACACCCGAUCCCAACCAAGCAUCAGACCAAGCACCAGACCAAGCAUCAGACCAAGCAUCAGACCAAGCACCAGACCAAACACCAGGCCAAGUACCUGAACAAGCACCAGAUCAAGGAUCAGAUCAAGCACCAGACCAAACACCAGGCCAAGUACCUGAACAAGCACCAGAUCAAGGAUCAGAUCAAGCACCAGAUCAGGAAUCAGAUUCAACUCAGAUCUCUGAAAAUAUAUGUGCACCAACUUCGGCACUUAUUUCUGCAUUGAAUUCAGCGUUGACCUCGGCCUCAGUGUCAACGAAUCCCGCCCUCGUCACUGCGUUGAAUUCGAGACUUAAUUUGUUGAAGUCAACUUCAGAGCCUUCCCCGACUUCAACGAAGCCCACAACAAGUUCAGGUUCACCUCAUCCUAUACGUACGAGGUCGAAGCGUUCAUCUAAAUGGCCUCAAGGAAUUGCAGAUCAUUUCGAGCGGCCAACUCGGCGGCAGCGGGGGAUAGAUAACACCUAA